AUGAAAGCGGUGGUAUACAAGGCGCCCAAGAAAUUCACAAUUCAAAACCAACCUGUUCCCCGUCCCGGAAAGGGUCAGAUAUUGAUUAAAGGAGUAUGCGGCUCCGACCUUCAUAUCCACUCCGGAGACUUUCCUGUACCUUGUCCGCUGAUCCCCGGGCAUGAAGCUACGGGAAUCAUUGAGACUUUAGGCGAGAACGUGACAGGCUUCAAUGUGGGAGACCGCUGUGUGGCAGAGCCAGUGAUACCUUGUUCAAGUUGCUUCUUUUGUCGGCGAGGUAAUAUGGUCAUGUGUGAGGCCUUCGAUUGCCACGGCGUUACUGUUCCCGGAGGCUUUGCCGAAUACAUGGUAGUCGAUGCAAUUCGCGUCUUCAGGAUUCAUGACAUAACUGAUGAAGAAGCCGUCCUGGUCGAGCCGACGUCUUGCGCAUUGCAUGCAAUGGACAGGCUGCGGCCCGGGGACAAGGUCGGUAUUGACGCUCUCGUCAUCGGGGCCGGUCCUUCUGGCCUGGUACUUGCGCAACUUCUCAAGCUCAAUGGUGCGGCAAACGUAGUCAUUGCUGCGCCUGCCGGGCCGAAGAUGGAGAUCGCAAAGCGCCUUGAAGCUGGAGAUCAGUACAUCGAGCUGGAUAGAGACCAUCCGGAGUUGGGGUGGAAAACCCUACAAACGACCUAUAGUCGAGGGUUCAAUGUGGUGAUCGAAGCUACUGGGUCGGAGGGUGUGGCGAACAGGGCCAUGCAGUAUGUGCGGCGCGGUGGUACUUUGCUACUUUACAGUAUUUACGCUCCUGGAGCGCAAGUGCACUGGCCGCCGUCCAAGAUUUUUGGUGACGAGAUCGAAGUCAUCGGCUCUUAUGCGCAAUCACACUGCUUCCCGAGGGCGAUAGAGUAUAUUGAAAGCGGGAAGAUCAAGGUCCGAGGUCUUGUUACCGAUGUUUACAAGUUGGAUGAGUGGGACAAAGUAAUUAAGAAGAUGGGUGGUAGGGACUUCGUCAAAAUUGCAGUCAAGCCUUGA